UGCGGCUCUCUGUAAUCCUCUCCCCUGCUCCCUCCACUACCAGUCCACCACCACCACCACUACCCUCGCUUCCCCCGCAAACCCUAGCCGAGGGAGGCGGUGGCCGGCGAUGGACGGCGACGGAGGCGGCCCUGCGGCCGUGCACUACCACACGCGCUCCCCCGAGGACGUCUUCCGCGACUUCCGCGCGCGCCGCGCCGGCAUCGUCAAGGCGCUCACCACGGAUGUGGAGAAGUUCUACCAAAUGUGCGACCCAGAGAAAGAGAACUUGUGCCUUUAUGGGUUGCCAAAUGAGACUUGGGAGGUCACUCUGCCAGCUGAGGAAGUACCUCCUGAACUUCCAGAACCAGCACUGGGGAUAAACUUUGCCCGUGAUGGAAUGAUCGAAAAAGAUUGGUUGUCUCUGGUAGCAGUUCAUAGUGAUGCGUGGCUACUGUCUGUUGCAUUCUACUUUGGGGCUCGCUUUGGAUUCGAUAAAGAUGCCAGGAGAAGGCUCUUCACCAUGAUUAAUAACCUGCCCACUGUUUAUGAAGUUGUGACUGGGGUUGCUAAAAAGCAAUCAAAAGCCCCCAACGGCAGCAGCAAAAGCAGCAAGUCUAACUCUAAACCAUCAAAACAGACCAACUCUAACAGCAAGCCUGCGAAGCCGGCUCACCCAAAAGAGGAGGAGGACAGUGGCCGGGAGGACGUGGAAGAGGAGGACCAGGCAUACCUUUGUGGCUCCUGUGGGGAGAGCUAUGCAAACGGCGAGUUCUGGAUCUGCUGUGACGUCUGUGAGAAGUGGUUCCACGGCAAGUGCGUCCGCAUCACCCCAGCCAAGGCAGAGCACAUCAAGCAGUACAAGUGCCCCAGCUGCAGCAGCAAGCGGAGCCGGGAAUGACGAGGCCUGGGGACGGGACGUGCUCCCUGUUGACAGUUCGUGUUUAGAAUCAUUAGGAAACGGUGAAGCGGUGUCGAUAACCGCUUCACCUGUAGUGGACCGGUGCAUACGCCGGCUGUUGUACUUGUUUCAUGGUGCGAUGCUGUUGUUGUAAUAGACAUGGUGCUAGCUAGUGGUGAUGUGUUAGCAGGCUAACUGCUGUCAUCGUAGUGUGAGAUGAACUGCUGGGGUUUGGAAACUCAUGUUCAGUAAUUAAGUGUUGGGUUAGUGUGUA